AUGCCUCCCGUCUCUGCUUCCAAGGCCAAACGUCAGGCCGAAAAGGCCGCCAAGGCCGCUGCCAAGGGCGAAAAGUCGUCCAAGUCCUCCUCCAAGUCCGGCACCACCAACGGCACCUCGGAGACGCCCAUGACCAACGUCUCGGCCAACACCUCGGUCGAGGAGCUCAACAUGAAGAAGCUCGCCAUCGCCACUGAGCGUAACGCCUCGGGUGUCCUCACCUCGGACAAGCAGAGCCGCGACAUCCACAUCGACAACUUCACCAUGUCCUUCCACGGCCGUCUGCUCAUCGACACCGCCACCAUCAACCUCAACUACGGCCAGCGCUACGGUCUCCUCGGCGACAACGGCUCCGGAAAGACCACCUUCCUCGCCGCACUCGCCGGCCGCGACGUCGAGAUCCCCGAGCACAUUGACAUCCACCUCGUCUCCGGUGAGGCCGAGCCCUCCGAGGUGAACGCCGUCGACUACAUUGUCGCCUCCGCCAAGGAGAAGGUGGCCAAGCUCGAAAAAGAGAUCGAGGACCUCUCGGUCGCCGACGAGAUCGACGAGGUCACGCUCGAGCUCAAGUACGAGGAGCUCGAGGAGCUCGACCCCAGCACCUUUGAGACCAAGGCCGGCAUGAUCCUCCACGGUCUCGGAUUCUCGCCCGAGAUGAUGAAGAAGCCCACCAAGGACAUGUCUGGUGGUUGGAGGAUGCGCGUGACGCUCGCCAAGGCGCUCUUCAUCAAGCCCCAUCUGCUGCUGCUCGACGAGCCCACCAACCAUCUCGACCUCGAAGCCGUCGUGUGGCUCGAGGCGUACCUCUCCACCUACAACCACAUCCUCGUGCUCACGUCGCAUUCGGCCGACUUUAUGGACUCGGUGUGCACCAACAUCCUCGACCUCACGCCGCAGAAGAAGUUCCUGACGUACGGUGGUAACUACUCGACCUACGUGCGCACCAAGGAGGAGAACGAGACGAACCAGAUGAAGGCGUACGCCAAGCAGCAGGAGGAGAUCGCGCACAUCAAGAAGUUCAUCGCCUCGGCGGGUACGUACGCCAACCUGGUGAAGCAGGCCAAGUCGAAGCAGAAGAUCAUCGACAAGAUGGAGGCGGCGGGCCUGAUCGAGGCCGUGUGGCAGCCCAAGCCGCUGCGCUUCAACUUUGAGGACGUGCGCAAGAUGCCGCCGCCCAUCAUUGCGUUCAGCGACGUCGCCUUCUCGUACAGCGGCAAGAAGGAGGACUUCCUCUACAAGGACCUCAGCUUCGGCAUCGACAUGGACUCGCGCGUGGCCAUUGUGGGCCAGAACGGCACGGGCAAGUCGACGCUGCUCAACCUCAUCACGGGCGCGCUCAACCCGGUCGAGGGCACGGUGCAGCGCCACGCGGGUCUGAAGCUGGGCAAGUACUCGCAGCACUCUGCGGACCAGCUGCCGUACGACAAGUCGCCGCUGGAGUACAUGGAGAGCAAGUACAAGGACAAGUUCCCCGAAAAGGAGAUCCAGUUCUGGCGUGCGCAGCUCGGCCGAUUCGGUCUCUCGGGCGCGCACCAGACGUCGCCGAUCCGCACGCUCUCGGACGGACUGCGCAACCGCGUGGUGUUCUCGCAGCUGGCCAUGGAGCAGCCGCACAUCCUGCUGCUCGACGAGCCGACGAACCAUCUCGACAUGGGCUCCAUCGAUGCGCUCGCCCAGGCGAUCAAGGAGUUCGAGGGCGGCGUGGUGAUCGUGUCGCACGACUUUAGGCUCAUCAGCCAGGUGGCGCAGGACCUGUGGGAGGUCAAGGACCGCAAGAUCGUCAACCUCUCCACGCAGGACGUCUCGAUCCAGGACUACAAGAAGAAGCUCGCAAAGAACUCGGCCGAGGCCAUCGAGCGUGCCAAGCUCUUUGCCAAGGGUAAGGCGUAA